AUGUCUAAAAAGGGAAGUUCCGGAGAAGGCACAAGUAAGUCGGGUGUUGGGUCAUAUCCAAAAAUAUCCAUACUAAUGUUACUAGGUCAACUAGAACCACCAAUAGAUCUAGUACUCUUACAUGAACAAUUCUGGGGAAAGCCUCUGGAUCCAUCACUCACCACCAUACCGACAAACGAAGCCAUGAUUACAGAAAGUGCUGAUCUCUGGGAAGAUAAUUUCGACGAUCAAACAAAGGACCAUAUCUUCACGGAACCUUUUCUUGUGGACAUGAAGCCACAAUUGUUCGUCCGUGCUGAAUAUGUUCGUCUAUUCGAUAAAGUGGAAGCUAUACAUCGGAACUAUCCUGGAAACAGUGUUGUCGUGACUGGACAGCCAGGAAUCGGUGAAAUUUUUCUUGCAUACUCUCGUUUAGGGCGUUCUGUUAACUCUUCACAAGGUAAAUCUUAUUGGGCCUAUUAUGCACUGCGCCGUUGUUUAGGCAGGCAGCAGCCGGUUGUCUGGUAUCAGCGCAGGGCCUUUUAUUUAUUCGGCGACGAUGGUGUCCAGAACAUUAAUCCUGGAAGGUAUCAACCUGUUAAAGAAUUCACAUGGUGCCUAGUGGAUUCGAUCUAUGCCAAAACCUUUCCGAUCUCAGAAUUUGGUCAUUCUGCUUGUCUCUUCCCUAUUUAUAUCGCCUCCCCCGACGAGAAACGAUGGAAACCGCUCCACCAGUCUCGAUACCCAUCUCGACUCGUCAUGAAUCCAUGGACCUGGGAAGAAAUAAAAAAAACUACGAUACAAGAGCGUUUCAACAACGCGGGCCCGAUUCCUCGUAUUUGCUUUAUGAAGGAUCCCGACCAAAUGGUUCAAUGGUACAAUGAACGCAAUAGCCGAAUCAAGAAUGUCGAUUCUCUGGAAUUACUCAAGAAGCUGACGGAGAACAGCCAAACUUUACCUAUAGGAGAACCUAUGACCCGUGUCGUCGCUCGUCGACUUCGUGCGAGACUUUGGGAAGCGAGACAGAAAGAAAUCACCGACUUGCUGGUACACUUCUCCCGGGUACCUGGCGGGAUGGCAGGUUUACUUUUCGAAGCACAUUUCCAACAGCCAACACUGCAGAAGGCUCUUGGAUCGGUCCUAAAUAUCCAGGGACCAUCUCUCUCUAUUUCUCCAACAGAGGUGAUUGAAUACGAGUCUUCUGGACCACUUGAGCAUAAGGAGCUAGUAUACUAUGUGCCACGGUUGGAAAAUCAGGUGGCAAUCGACUCAUUCGUUGUCCAUGACGGAAACCUUUACUGGUUCCAGUUUACAGUAGGCUCAAAGCAUGAUAUUAAUCACG